GCACAGGGUGCAUUCAAGAAGCCACAACGGUGUCGUGUUCCCAGAUGUUCAAUAGCUGUUCGUAGUCAAAGCAAUGUGACACUUCUGGUGAACUGUUUUGAAUGCAACUCACAUUAGACGAAGGAGUUGCCCUCUCCCAACAGCAUCAAAUUUAUGAUCACCUCAGACAAGAAAGAUUAUAAAGAUAGAUGUGAAAGCUGUUGUACGUAACAUUAAUUUGAUGCAGAAUGCGACCAUUCUGAACAGUUCAGAAUAACUUUGCAAUGCGGGAAUUGCUCUGAGCUGUUAUUAUCACCGGAUGGACCUUGGUGCUUGUCGGCUGAAACAUAAUUUACAAUCCGCUGUGAGACUGACGAGGCGGGACCGCCGACAGGAUGGUGGAGCGGUCGGACCGAGCACCUCUGCUGGACUGGGAGGAGGUUCCGUCCACGGAGAAGCCUGGCGGAGCGGCACCGGCUGCAACACACUCCAAGGACCGAGUGGCGAGCCCCUGCAACAGCCGUGCCUCGUCGGGAUGCUCCGCGCCGGGGCUUGGGUGGAGCAGCAGUCCAGGGGGUCCCACUCCCAGCAGGUCCGUCUCCAACGCAGACGGCUGCAGCGCCCCACCCGCGACCUCCAACACCCCGCAGGGCAAGAAGGAAGCCCUGCAUCCCGACAACGAGGAGCAUCUCUCGGAUUCAGGAUCGGGGGAGGUGUCGCUAGAGGACAGGAUGGUGAAAUGGGAGGAAAAGGACCAGAUUGUGUCGGUCUUUGUGGUUACAUUUAAUACCAGAUCAGGAAACAUGCUGGAGUGGUGUCUGCCCAAAGACAUUGACCUAGAGGGAGUGGAGUUCAAAGCCAUCGCCAGCGGCUCCCACCGAGUCACCACAGACUUCAUCUACUUCCGGAAGGGCUGCUACUUUGGCCUGGCCUGCUUUGCUAACAUGGCGGUGGAGAGCACGGUGGAGAGGGGCGCGAGGAUGAAGUCGGUGGGGAUCCUGUCUCCUUCCUACACCUUGCUCUACCGCUACAUGAGCUUCCUGGAGCACCAGGUCAGGCUCCAGCUUCAGUCCCCAGGCCACUACUCUCCCCUGGAGGCCUUCUAUGAGGACAAGAGAGCACUGCUGCCCCCCGGUGGUGAUGGUGUUGUUAUUGCAUGCCCAGCCAAUGCCUGGGGAGCUGCAAUCAACCACAGCAUGCACCCUGAAAUGAAGAUCACCCACCCAGCAGGCUGCAUGUCCCAGUUCAUCCGCUUCUUUGGGGAGCAGAUCAUGGUGCUGUGGAAACUGGCUCUCCUCCGCAGACGCAUCCUCAUCUUCUCCCCUCCCCCUGUGGGCGUGGUCUGCUACAGAGUGUACUGCUGCUGUUGCCUGGCAAACAUCUCCAUCCCCGGGAUCGGCGUGGCUGUGCCCGAGUUCCGCCCUUUCUUCUACGUUAACGUGGCCGAUAUCAGCGCCCUGGAGAACGAGCUGUCCUACGUGGCGUGUACUACUGAGAAGAUCUUUGAGGAGAAGAAGGAUCUGUAUGACGCGUAUGUAGACAAUCAGAAUGUAAAGACCUGCAGGGACGGCCUGAAGCCUCUGCUCCGCCUCAGCACAGCAGACAGGGAGAAAUAUCGCAAACUUACGGAACAGAGGCAGAUGUUGCUAUACUCUCAGGAGGAGAAUGGAGACUGUGUGUCCAGUGAAGAGGAUCUCUUUAUUCUGUUUUUCCUGGAGCAGAACAACAGGAUUUUCCAGACCCUCAGCGAGGUGGCAGGGAGUCCGGAUCCCAUGCUGACCCAGGAGAGUGUGAGGGCCAUGGGUCUGGAUCCCCACGGAGACAGGCUCUUCCUGCUCCACCUGCUGGAGAUCUAUGGCUAUGACACCCUCCUGGUGUCAGAGCAGCUGUGCUGCAGUUGAGACGACAGAUGUAGAUUUCCGCCUUUCAUCACUGCUGGUUUUAAAGUGGGGUUGAUUUGCCUCAAGCAAACUUUGAGUGCUGCACUACUGGCUUCUUGGAAGUCUUCGGGACAGUUUGGAAUUUUUCUGGUAGAACUUUGUUUUAUUUUGUAUAUCCCCCGUGUGCUUCUUUUGUUCACCGUGGUUUUGCUCCUUCACAACCUGAUGGCAAGAGCAACAACAUCAGUCAACUCUCAAGUAUUAAAACCUAGAGUCAUGUGGUCCGUCCUACUUGAUAUAGCCUCAUGGAGGCUUAAGAUGGAUUACUCACCCAUGGCUGACUAAAAGUGAUGCUCUGGAUUGCAUACAGCUGCAGUAUUCCAACACUGAGACGCGUUUAAACGAUAUGGAUGGCAGGUCCAAACCCCAAGAUGAUGAUAAGAUCAAAUUAAUACUAAGGUGGCUUGAACUGUACUUAGACAUCAAGUUGAAUGAGACUGGAGUUUUUCAGUGAACAAAAUUUGUACUGAGGAUUGAUGUGUGAAAGAAAAAAAGAGAGGUAGCCAUCCUGUAAAUAAUCCUGUUUUUCUUUCUUUCUAAAUGUAAAGUGUGUCAGCGUAUGUGUGAUAUAGGGUGCGCCUCUCUGCCAGUGUUGCUUUCUUUGUAUCAAGUGCUGGAUUCAAACAUGUUAUUUCUAAGCAUCAAUGUCCAAAUCAGGGCCUCCUUUCUUGAUAUCUAACUUAUGUCACUACAAGCAGGUCAAACCCCUUUUGUCUUCAAGAGUCACUGCUGUUUUAACUUGCAUUGAAUGAGACAAAAUGACCAAGUUGUCAUUUAAUAUUAACAGUUAUUUCUGGCCUGAGCUAAGACCAAAUCAGAUUUUCUAAUGAUGUCAUUGUCCAACAGGCAAGGGUGACGUCCACGUGGACAUUGAAGCUAUUUCAUAUGGCUUAUUUGCACCGGUGCCGUCAGCUGGGCCUGCAGUUCAGAAGAUUAAGCUGUUACACAAAGAGCCAUGUUUAGUCUUUAUAUGCUUUUCUCAAAUGUCCAGUUGUGUUUGCAGCUAUAGUAUCAAGACUUCAGGGGCCAAGUUCAUAACUCCAAGUGAUUCUCUCAAUUCAGAGACACUGACUUGAUUUAUUUAACAGCUACCAUCUGCAGAAUAGAUAAUAGAGAAUUGUGUAAGACCCAAUACUAUAAAGUUUAAGCUCUGUACAUUUUGAAGUACACCAUAGCCGUGUAUUCUUUCAGCUUCGUUAACAGAGAGGUUGUACUUGUUGGUAUUUUACGUUGUGUAUUGCCGUUGGUGCGAGGUAUUGCAGCAGUGAUAUAAAAAAAAAAAAACAUGAUUCUUGGUUGUUUGGAAAGGAGAUGACAACCUUAUAGCUGCAUUUCUCAGAUGUUGGCCACUAGAGGACAGCAUAACUUAACUAUGGCAGUGACACAGCUAUUAGAUUUUAAUGGGUUUUAACAUGUAAGCUAAACAAGGGCUUAUCCAGCAAACACAAAGAAACCACAUUCAUGUGGAGUUGUGUUUUUUGUCUUUUUCCUUAGCUCUACUGUGGACUUCACCAACUCUGAGUAAAAUAGCUUUUAGCUGCAAGCUUUUCGACUUUUUUUCCACCAGCUAGCAGAUGUCAACAAUAACAAUGUCAGCCCGUUUACAGUGGUGCUCAUAAGUUUACAUGCUUUUGUUUCAGUUAUAAUCGCUGAUUUGAUUUGCAUUGAGAGAUGAUUUUAUGGAAAGUAUCCCGUGCCAAUCUCCAUUUAUGGUGAAGGGUAUGUGAUGAUAUGGGGCUAUUUUAAUUCCAAAGGCCAAGGGAACUUUAUCAGGAUGCAUAGUAUCCUGGAUCCAUGAAAUAACUGGCCUUUAAUAAUAAAAAUCUGCCUGCCUCUAUGGGAAUUUAACAUAUACUUAUUCCCCCCGUAUUUUAAAAAGGAAGAAAAUGUAUUUAAUUACAAUACAUUAUUUAAUCAAAAAGAAAAUUGGAGUCCUUAAAGGUUGGAUUUUACUUCAUUUUUUUUAAUUAAGGCAUUAAGAUCAAUUUCCAAAAAGGGACUUUUUUUAUUCCUCUUUUUAGUCAACUUAAGCAUGGGCAUGGAAACCUAUGAGCACCACUGUACCUCCAUAGAUCAGGUAUUUAGUUUGUGAUAGUCUGGGAAAUUCCUUUAAAGUAACCAUUACAUACAGUAACUGCAAUGUGAAAAUACAUGUACUCAAACAAGAGAAAUUCGGUUGCAAUAACAUCGCUUUAAGUCAAUCAUAUUGUUAAUUUGCUUCUGAAAUGUUUUUUUUUUUUUCUUCCUUUCUGAUUGAACCAACUAAGCUAAACUGAGGCUAAAGUGACUCCACACAAACUAAAAUCUAAUGUACUACUACAACAGACUAAUGGUAAUUUAAUGUUUUACUGUGAUCAUUUUGACCACUUUUUUUUUUUUUAAUGUAUUUUGUUUUAGUGGUUAGUAUUUUGGGGUGUAAAUAUUUCCUUGUUGAAACAUUAUCUGUGAAGAAAUGGGAUCAGUUGAAUGUGUUUUAUAAGGCAAUUAUGAUCCCACAGAGCCUCUGUGUUUCACUGAAACCCUCAUGCUAAAGCUAACCUCGGAGCACAUUUUUACGCCACAUUGCAUGGCACCUUAGACUAUGUGUACAGAGCUGAAGCAACCAUGUCUGUAGUUGAAGGAAUAGUCCGACUCAUGUUAAAAUACCUUCACUUUAUUUAUUUUACUGUAAACCAUUUUAGAAAUAAAGUGCAUUGCCACUUGUAAAGAAAACACAGUUCUCAAUCUGAUUAUUAACAACCUUUACAUUCCUAGAUUUCAUUCAUUUUAUCAAAUGUUUAGUUCAAAGCUACUGUCUUUAACAUCAAUGGACUUUCCUUUGGUCUUAUGUGAGUGUACAUACUUGUAAGAGUACUUUCCAUAGCGCCUGAUCUCAAACAUUCAGGAGUGGAUUACCUCGUUGCCAUUGAUGAUACAUUCCUCACCAGUACAUACGCUUCCGUCUUGGACAGUGCCGCUAAUGCCACAUGUGGAGCUACUGGUGGUGAAGUCAUAGCCAUUAGGCGUGCACUGCCUGCCUAUCACUGCAACUUUCAGAACCUUCAGCCAGCCCUGUUUGACGUCCAAUCUAUCACAGAA